AUGCAAGGCUCCCCGAGACCCAGCCCCCCUGGAGGGGGCGAGGACCCCCCUGUCCUCGGUUGCUUGGCCGCCCUGCCCUGCAUCUCAGGUGUGGUCUACCUGCUUGAUGGCAUUCUUUGUCCAAGCCUCUGGUGGGAUCAUGUGUUUGGGGCCUUGGACGGGCUCCGCUGCACUGGGGCGCUAUCCGUGGCCUGGGCAGGACGUCCCCCAGCACAGCCGGGAGGACUCACCGUGCCUUCAAGCCUGAAACAAAUGUCAGAACCGGCCAGCGGUGCCUCGUUCUCGGAGGGGUGGCUAACUGCUGUCCCAGUCGUGUUCUGGAUGACUUGCUUAUUUUUUUAUUAA